AUGCGGAGCGGCGAGGAGCUGGACGGCUUCGAGGGCGAGGCCUCGAGCACCUCCAUGAUCUCGGGGGCCAGCAGCCCCUACCAGCCCACCACGGAGCCCGUGAGCCAGCGCCGCGGGCUGGGCGGCCUCCGCUGCCACCCCGACUACCUGCGCCGCGCCCCGGGCCGCCUCAAGCUGGCCCAAGUGGUAUUGGCACUGAUUGCCUUCAUCUGCAUAGAGACCAUCAUGGAAUGUUCCCCAUGUGAAGGGCUCUAUUUCUUCGAAUUUGUGAGCUGUAGUGCAUUUGUAAUUACUGGAGUCUUGCUGCUUAUGUUCAGUCUCAAUCUUCACACAAGGAUACCACAGAUCAACUGGAAUAUUACAGAUUUGGUCAACACUGGACUCAGCACCUUCUUCUUCUUUAUUGCCUCUAUAGUACUUGCUGCUUUGAACCACAAAGCUGGAGCAGAAAUUGCUGCUGUGGUUUUUGGCUUCUUGGCGACAGCGGCGUAUGCUGCAAAUACCUUCUUAGCUGUGCAGAAAUGGAGAAUGAACAUUCGACAGCAGAGCACCAACGAAUACAUUCGUGCACGGACAGAAUCACGAGAAGUGGAUAGCCGUCCUGAGAUACAGCGUUUAGAUACAUGAGAAGGAGCGUCUGAGGAGGACUGUGGUUGGAGAGAGAAGUCACCAACAAAGAAAACUUCCUCCUCUCUCCUCCCUGUCCCAAUUUCCCCCCAUCAUUUCUCAUUAUUUCAUCAUAUCAAACUUUCAUACACCUUUUAAUUUUAUCCUUCUUAAGAAAACAGCUGACCUUGGCAAAGAGCAUUCACAGCAACACCAUGAAGGAGCUUCACAUACUCCAUCAGAUGUCCCAUCUGCAAACCCAGAGAUCUCAAUAGCUCUUCAGAUGGAAGUGCUCUGGAGGGACCACAGUAUUAUGGUGGCUGUUUUUUCAACUUUUAACCCUAAUUCUGUGUACAGGCUGCAUGUGGUUCCAUUAUGAACUAGCAUUCAGUCAGAUAUCUUCAUGACAAGGUCAGGAGUUUGAGGGCAGGUGAAAAAUGUAACUCAAGUUAGGUUAAAUGUGAUUACCUAGAAAAUAAGGGGUGAAUGGCACCAGUUUAGGUCAGUUAAUAGCCUUCAUGGGGUGACCACUAUGGACAGAGAGUUAUUGUAGUUGAUCACAGCCCAUGCCAAUGUUUGACUCCCAGUAUAACUGCUUAGUUCUUGUCCUUUAUUUUUGUGGCCUGUGGUUGGCUGAGACAAAUCAUGAAGCAAAUUAUGGAAUUGAAAACUUUGGUAGCAUGGACAGAAGUCAGUCCGAGUCUGUUGGCUUUGGACCUUAUAGACAUGAAACACAAUUAAUAUCAUGGGGAUAAAAAGCACCUAGCAGUUAGGACAAUGAAAUCUGUAGUGGGAGGGCUACAUUUUAUUUCUGGCCAUGACAGAAAGUUACUGCGCCAUUUCCCAUAAACAACUAUCUUCAGUCUGAGUGGUGUACACAAUUCCUACAUUCCUACCUAACCUGAAUGCUGUGAGGCUGAAUUUGGGGAAUUUUUACAAGAAUUCAUAAUGCAGUCCCCUAGCCAAAUUCAUAAUGUGGUCCCAUAGCCAUCACCACUAUGUCCUAUUAACCAGAGAUGGGAUGUUUGGGUAUUUCUUUAUAUGUGUAUAUACACACACACACCACGUGCAUAUAUGUCAAUCUCUACACCAUACCAGAAUCAGUUCUCUGCCUGUGUGUUAUGCCCUAAAAGGUCUCUCAGGUUAUAGGAGUAUAUGGUGGUACUAGAACAAACUUCUACAUAUAAUAAAAUGCAUUUUCUUUUGAUCACAAGUAUUGUGCAUGACCGAUCGACCAAAUCUGGUUGAAAAAAAGCUCCCAUUCAUCCAGAAAGACUUGAGGGUAUCCCAGUGAAUUUAAUAUUCAAAUUUAAAUGGGGAUUUCUCAUAUAUACCAUGCCUUUUCAACAUUGCAGGGAUCCAUGAUUUUGCAUCUGUGUGGGUCCUGCCUCCUUUGAUUGCAAAUUGCAACCCGUCCUAUGCCUUAAUUUAAGUCUUCAUGAGUUUUUGUGGCUGAAAAAAAUUCAUUUCCUUGUGGUUUUCCUUUUGGUGAUGAGUCUUCCUCUGUCUGCUUCAUUUGACUGGUUCUCAGACAGCAGAUGUACAGACUGACUCUGAGCUUGGCAGUCAGAAUCAAAAAGAUUUUGAUUUGCUGUAGAAUCUGCCAAAUUGGACUCUGCUCGCUUAGAUUUGAAGAGCCCAAGUAUGCCUCCACACCAUGAGGAGUAAUCAUUAUACUCGGACUUAGUAGGAGUUUACCGUAUAUAGAUUGUCAAUUCCCAAAGAAUUAAGUACAGUAAGACAAGUCACUAAGACUAUAUUAACCAUAAUAUAUUCACUCUUUCAUUCAUCAAAUAUUUAUUAAUUUUACUGCACUGUGCUUUGCACUUGGGGAGAUACAGAGACACAUUCUUUGCCCAAAAGGAUAUUCUUUCUUUGAUUUGAAGUCACUCUAGUUUAUCACAGGCCUCAGAUUCUUUGUUACAAAGAGAAGUUACUGUCAUACAAUACUGUCAGAAAAUUCUAUUUAAGUUUUCUUUGUUGUUUAGAUUCUGGAAUUUAUAGAGAGAAGUUGAUGCAAUGUAUUGGGUCUUUCUUCUCUUGAAGAUUAUAUCUAUGGAGUGAAGGGAAAACACUGUUUAGUUUACUGGACUGUUAUAGUUUGGAUUGAUUUAAAUGUGUAUAAAUCUCCCUCCAGCUUGACAUUCGGUAUUUGCCAAGGAAAAGAACAUUUACUGCUGGUCAGGGAAUCUGGAUUUUUCACUCAAAUGUGGGUAUCUCUAGCAUUCAUUUACUGAAAGAUUUAGUGCACAGCUUUGUGUACUAUGUGUUAGCAGAUGUGUGGGUGCAUACUCACCUGUGUGCCUGCAUGAUUUAAAUGCAUUUCAUUCACUGCAUAUUUUACUUAGUAUGGCUUUAUUAUGUGAGAUUGAUAGCAUUACCCAUUUUGGGCAUAUGAAAUACCAAGUCUAGUUUUCCUGUAUUUACAAGUAUGUCAACUUAAUGUUAACUUUCAGAGCCUCAUAUGACAUUUAACUUCAGUUGUGAUGUUCCAUUAUUAAAUAAGCAUUUAUUGUGCAUUCUGUGCUUAGGUGGCACAUGCAGUAUCUCCAAAUUAUUGCAUCUAACCUUGAGGAGAAUUGUGUCGUCUUCCACACCUGAAAGAACCCUUGGUAUCUCCACUCUUCUGUGAACCCACUCCAGUAGUAUUAAUGUUUGCUUGACAACUUUUGAUUUAAUUUUCUUAGCAAUGAGUUUAGGAAGAGUGUGACAUCUGGAUCUGAUCUUUUAGUUCCACACAUUGCUUUCACUUUCACUGCGAACAUGCAUAGAACGUAACUAGUGACUAUACUCCCAUGUGCUUAAGUGCUCUAUUGGGUUGUUUUGUUUUAAAUUUUUAAAAGAACAGAAACAUGCCUCUUAUCCAUUACUUAGCUUAGAAUUCAUUUAAAAGAAGGACCAUUCCAACCUGUUGCUUUUCAUUAAUUAUGGUUUAUUUUCAAGUUUUUUCUACCAAGUAUGUUCUUCAAAAUCAAAUACAGAAACUGCCAGACAGAAUGAUUACUGGAGUUUUCUCAAGUGAUCUGAAAAUAUACAGUUUACCAUUAGGAAAAACAGGAUGAUUGUGCUAAUGCCCCUUUCUUAUUAUAUUUGAGGAAGGGAGAGAGUUGAUUAUGAAGUAAAUUGCAAAUAGAGUAUAGAUACAUUACAAAUAUGAAUACAGCCCAUGGAAAGUCUUGAUCUUUGAUAGAUCACAGAGUUAGAAAUUAUUACGUAUAUAAUUGUAUACCAGUGACAAAAUUUUUAGAAGUAUUUAUUUUCUUAGAAUUAUUUCUAAAUCCUUUUUGCCAUGGAAAGAACAAUGUGGUUUUGUGCGUGUAUUUCCUUGUAAUUGGCUAGUGAACAGAAAGAAAAUAAAAUACAUUUCAAAUAUGGCAUAAUAUAUAAUCAUAUAAUUUAAAUAUGGAGCAUGUGGUCAAUAAAGUAGGUCUAGUCUAGGGUGAAGGUAACACACUAGUGUUUCUUCUGUUAUAAUUCUUGUAAACAGACAAUGAAGGCCAUGUGUAAAUUUGAAAUUGAAAAUGAAUUAUUUUGCCAGCUAAAUUCCAGUUUCUGAAUAAAUCUUAAUUUUAAUAAUGAUUCCUACUUAAAUUUAUUAUUUCCCAUAAAUCAUAGACUUAACUUAUUUUUGUUGUAGUUUCAGGUGUUAAAAAUUUGAAGGAAACUUUGGUCAUGCUUUUCUGUCUCCUAAGGUGGCCAAUGUGGCAUCAGAAGAUAAGCUGAAUUUUAAUAGCCUGCAAUUUCUUUAAUAACUUGUCAGUUGCUGCAGACUAAACGGCAUACUGCCGUUCUGAAUGUAGGACUUCUCAUAGCUUGAGAAGUGAUAAACUGUGGAUUGGGCAUUAGAGAUGUCAUUCAUAAAAGUACUUUUAAUUUCAUGGCAAAAAUGGAAAAGGCACUUUUCCCUCACCUGAAUGGUAAUAUUCUUCUAGUUCUUUCCCCUCUCCAAAUUACACCAUUCAAACAUGCAUAACUUUUCCUUUUGGUAUUUCUUUAGACUAUUGCAAGAUGAGAAGAAUGCCUCUUCUCUUUUCAGUCUAGAGACGUCAUAGUCUCACAAACAUAUUGGACUAUUCCUGGCUCCAGAUAAAGAUAGGAAAAGACAAAUAGUUUUGCGGGUAAAGUUACUUAAAUGGGGUACAAUCCAAAUUAAGUUAAAUGAAAUAUAUAUUUUUUAAACAGCAACAGGAAAGCCUCUGCUUUCUGAAAGAACUGUGCACAGACUGAGCUGUGGGAUAGGUUGCCAUCUGUAUUAGUUAAUGACGCAUCUGCACCCAAAAGAUCUCUGUUUUUGGGAACUCUCUUCUUGGGAAGACUUGAGGAAGGAAGUGGUUCCCAUUCCCAAACACCCACUCCUCUAUGGAUUUGUUCGGUUUAGAUCUGCUUAACCUUGAAGAAUUCUGGAAGAGACGGACGAUCUGACCCUUGCUAAUGCCCGUCCUUCCUUGGCCACUUCUGUUGUCUCUCUUCCUCGUGAUGUUUUUCCUCCUCUAAACUGAUGCCUGUUUACCUCUCUGUGUUAGACUCUCCAUGGGAUGCUUUGAGUAUGACUUUUCUUGGUUCAUUUAGGAACCGUUUCAUGGUCUUAAAGACUGGGGUUUCAUUCUGUCUUCCUGUGUGAUUCAGACUUAGGUUGAACCACAGAUGGUCUCUGUGGAGAUGAAGCAUGAAGUGUUUUGUCUGCACAAAUAUGUGAAGUCCCAUUUGCAAUGAAUCAGCCGUAAAGGAAGGGAACUGUUUAGUUUUUUUUUUUUUAAUUGUUUUUAUGAGCUUUGAGUAACCGCUAAGUCUUUUUUUUUUUUUUCCGCUAAGUCUUUCAUGACUAGAAUUUCUACAUACUUUGGUAUGGUGGAAUCUAAAGAUGUAGUUUUGUUGAAGAAGGAUCCUUAGAUCUCCAUAUUUCCUAGGAGGAUAGAGCAAAGUUGCUUAUAUCCCAUCCCCAGUUGAGGCAGAGUUUCCAUUAUUAUCUCUAUAAUUUGUCUCAGCAGCAGAAUAGAAAAUGUGUGUAACUUUGGCCCCAUUUUGAUAACUUUCCACCUGGCAACUUCAUUUUGCCAUUUCUCCUUCUCUUGAAAUUAAACUGUUGAAUUGUGGCAGUUGCUGCAGCAGGAUCGUCUAAAAGAAAGAAAAUGACGUGCAACAGGCCAGCUCAGUAGGUAAAAGAGGUAGCUAGUGACAGAGGUUGAUUGGUAAUCAAUACUCAGGAGCAGGAUUAAGCGGAAUUCCUUCAGGACUCUCAGUAGUCCUUUUGGUCUAUUUGUUCUAGAUACCUUAGUAGCACUUGUUCGGUACUAGGACCUGGACAUCUUAAUGUGACUUUCUGCUAUCUGAAAACCUCCUUUCCCUUUAUUAAUUACAAAAGGACUUAGAGAAAAUACGUCUCUACCUACUCAAUAUUAGUAACUCAUAUUUCUAUGCCAUAAAUACAUGAUGCGGGAGAUUUAGAAUCGGAUGAGCUGGGCUCACACUCUGACUUCGCCCCUUACUUUCUCUUACUUUGGGCAAAUUACUUCCCUUCUGUAAACCCAAGAUUUUUCCAUCUGUAAAAUGAGAGAGUAGGAUUAGAUGGACUCAAAGGGCCCUUCCAGCUCUAAAUCGAUGAUCCUAAGGUGUUACAAAGACCUUUCUUUAGGAUGAUCCAGCAGAGUAGGAGAGAUAAAUAUCCCCAUUUUAUAUGAUGAGGAAGCUGAGACCAAGAGAGAAGUGAAGUGCCUUGCUUACGGUCACAGCGCCUGGCACAUCCUAAGUGCUUAAUAAACGUUCUAGCUUUCUAUUGACUAUUGGAUCUAGGACUUGAGACCAGCUUUCUCACUACUCCAGCUUGCUGCCUCUACUUCAAGUAAUAUCCUUUUAAAUGGAAGCAGUCUAUAUGGAUGCUCUUAGAAGCUAGAGCAGGGAGACAAAGACGAAAUAACUGCCUUGAAUCUUUACUUAUUAUAACCUUGGCUGUAGGAUCAGGUUCCGGGUAAGCUGUAACAACAGGGCCCAGUAUAGAUACACCUAGCACUACACUGCCUGAGCCAGGGUUUUGUGUCAAUAAAAGGAACCCAGGUGAAAUAUUGCUACCAAAUGCCAUUGCAGUGUCAGGAAACUCUGCUGUGACUAAAUGCCCUUGGCCAACCCGCCAUUGGAAAUGUUCCUAUGGGAGUUACUCCUCCCCCAUAAUAUCAUUCUGCUCAAACAGUAUGUUUUCUCAGAACGUUAGGUGGAAUAGUCCUGUACUAGACAGUUAUCGCCAGACUACAACCAUGACCUGAUUGGGUACCCAUACAUCUUAGAAGGGUAUCAUCAGGAUUAACUUCCUGUGCCUUUUUUGAAUGCUUUAAGGGCCACACCUAAGACUGAAUUCCUCUAACCUUGUAUACAACUUCUCAGUAAGGUUCAAAUUGUUGGAAUGAUAAAAACUGCCUCACUGAGAGAAUAUGACCAAAGGGACUAAGAUAUUUACAUUUCUUAGAAACUGCCUUAGAAAUAGUCAUAGUACUUAGUUGUCCAAAUAUACUGAAUAAGAUAAUUUGUAAGAGCUAUGAGCACUGUGCUCCUAUUUUAAAUCUGGGAGUUUAGAUGACAAAUUUAAUUUGCUUGAAUAAUUUAGGAGGAUUGCAGUAUACUCUGUUUAAUUCUUCUCAUUACUAGCUUUAUUUUCCUUUUUUUUCUUUUUUGAACUGGAGAGUGCUUUUGUCCCCCAUUUGGAUACAAUUUCUGAACCAGUGGGUAGCUGUCUAUAAUAAAAUUUAACUUAUAUAAGUUUGGGUACUGUAUGGAUUUUAUGGUAUUAUUUUGAUUAUUGUUUACACUUCUUUGAUGGGAAAUAUACCUUAUGUUCAUAUCAUUUGCUAGCUCAAUAUUCCCUGUGUUGGUGCCAUGUAUAAAUUGGCUAUGAGUUAUAGACAAAGGUCAGGGAGUCUUGGAAUAUAGGUAUAAUUGUCCUACUUUCUAGAUUCGCUGAAAGAAAACAGUGGGCUAUUAAAAAUGUUAAAAAUCCUUUUCGUUAAGAAUUUGUCUAAAGCUAGAGGGCCUCAUUUUUAAUAGCAGUUUGUAUGUGUAUUUUGGAAUUAGGGCAGGUUCCCAAAGUUUCUUCUGAUAACCUCACUCAAAAUGUGAGAGGAUAAAUGAACAUUGUUUUUUUUUUGUUUUUUUUUUUUUUGUUUUUUUGGAGAUAGGGAGGAGGGAUGGGAUUUUCUCAAUCUGGAAAUAGCAAAAUCUCAUCGGUUUAGGCAUGGGGAAAUAGGUCUUAGUAAUUGAAGAUCCUCAUAGACAGUGGCCCUCAUAUCUUAAGCAAACCCAAAGACAUGGUACUCUAAUUCUGUUUUGGAAAGUGAGAAGCUCAGAUGAGGGGGAAGAAGAGGUACUUUAAUCCUAGUGUCUCUGUAAAGAACCAAUUUUCCAUGUCUGCGUUCUUCGUGUUUCUGCCUAGAUUUUCCCUCCCUUACUUUUGCAUAAAUGUGUUCCAAAAAUGACUUCAUUCCUUUCUACACAUGUGACAACAGCAAAUGAUCAGUGCUUAAAAUUGUGAACUGGUCAAUCCAAAGCCAGUGGCAGUGGCCAUGCUUUGCAGGGGUAAGGAGGAUGGUUGUAGCAGCCUCCCCCAACCUAGGUCCAAAUCCAACUUGAAUGCGGCCAAAUAGAAACCCUGUGAAUAUGGCUUCUCACCACUGUUGCUUUGUAAGCUUUGUCUAGUUCGAAAGAGAUAGUUGUUCCACUCUUGUUUCAGACAGCGACCUGUUUUGAAAUUCAUUUUCAGAUUCUCCACCCUGUUGAAAAGAAAAUUUCUAUGUACGCUAUGGAGGGAAUCAGGUGUGUUAUCAUCUAGAUUAUGUCCAUUUGGGCCCAGUUUUUCCUCUGAUUAAAGUGGUAGGAAAUGAAACUAUUUGUAUAUGUUGAAGUUUAUCAGGGUUCAGGAACCCAUGACAAAAAUAAUAAACUAUUUAUUACUCAUUGUGUUUUGAUUUGAAAAUUUGAUAACUGUUCUGUCUUUUCAUGUUUUUUUUUUAAAACAAAUAUAAAGUAACUACUUCACCUUUGGUGCCUUCCAAGUUGUCGGAUAAGCACUUGUUAAUCAUGAAGAUGAAAAAGAUGUAAAUUUAUUGUCAGUAAACACUAUUUUUGUAGCAUGGUCCUAUGAUCUUGUCUUUUAAUAUUGCUUUCACUGAUGCCAAUUGUAAUAUUUAACCAAUUUUCCUUUUGUGAACUAGUUAGCCAGUUUGCUCCUCCUUUUUCCCCUCCAUUGCUUCAGAAGGACUGACCCUUUUCCUUGCUUCCUCUCAAUCUCCUUUCCUCAUUUUGUUUAAGUAAGACUGAGGGUAAGAUCAUUUUUAUGUGAAAUACUUGAUUAUCGGUUCAAUUACAUUUCUUUUUUGGAAACAUUUUUGAAAUCCACACAUAGAGCUAUUCUGCCUAAUGUGUUUUUAUAAAAGGACAAAAGUUGAUUUCAUGAUAGAAGGGAAAAAUCUAGUCAGUCACCCAUAUCUAUAUAUUGUUGGGGAUUAAAGUUCUCACCCAAGUAAGUCAUGCUAGGGAGUGGUGUUGUUUGAACUACUUAUUUCUCAGAAUGAAAUCUGGCCGUUUUCAUCUCCACUGCUUACUUAAAAUCAUAGACUCAUAGAAUGGUAGAUCUGAGGGAGAAGUAUAGAGCCAGCUAGCCUAACACCCUUGUUUGAUAGAAGAGGGGAAACCAAGUCCUAGAGGGCUGCUUUAUGAGGGUAAUGGAAAGAACAAGGCCCACGGAGGCUUGCUUGCCUCAUUAGUAGCGAGUUCCCUAUCACUGCUAGGAGGGGUGGUGGUGGUUGUGUCAAAUGAACACUAAAUGCUUUUCAGUGUAGACAAUUUCAGCUUCAGGGAAGAGUUGGUUUAGAUGACCUCUAGGGCUUCUUCCAAACUCAUGAUUCUGUGAAGUAACUUGCCCAAGGUCAUACAGCAAGUUUGUAGCAGAGCUGGAAUGAGAACCUAGCUUCCUCACCCACCAGUCCAUCGAAUUUUAUUCUUUACAGUACUAUCUCCACCCAAUGAGAAAAGUACAGGUCACCAGCCAGACCUUCUAACAUACUAUGCGGAGUCAAACUCAUGUUUUUAGAUUGGUCUGUUUGUGCCAUGGAAGGGUUUCAUGGCUUCAAGUUUCUACGUAAAAUAAAUUGCUUGGUUGUUAUUGGGUCUUCUAAAGAGGAGAUGAAUUUCUGGAGAAUCCUUUUUUCCUCUUUUCUGUGGGGUCAUUGAAAUGUCUGGCCAAGGAAAAAUCUUAGUGAUAUGGCCAAGCCAUUGCAAAACAAUGCUAAUGAUUUUUCAGAAACAUCACAAAUGUAUUUUAGAAACAAUUUUUUUAAUGUUUCUUUCCUCAAGUCUCAUUUUUUUUUCCUUUUGGAGGGGAAUGAGAAAGGGAAGGGUCAAAGUCAGUUGUAGGUAUUUUACAACAGGUGAAGUGUCAAAUCAAAUGGCAAACUAAUUAUCAUAGUUUUCCAACAGCUACUUACCCAGGUUUAAGUGGGUAAUAUUUUUCUCCUCUAGAAAUACUAUUAACUGGAUCAAAAUUAACCUUGAUGUAGUUUCUAUUUUCUCUAAGUGAUAUAUUUCUUUGAUUUUCUCUCUGAACAGUUUAAAGGUACAAGCAUCCUACAUUUCCAAGACAAUGCUCAUUUUAUGAACUUGAUUUUCUGAGUGUAACCUUUUGUAGGUUGUAUUUUUUUUUCUGCUUUUAUAGCUGAAGUUGAAGGAUUGUAAUUUCAUGAUGGUAUUACAAAAAGUGAAUUCAAAUUUACUUUUGAUUCUGAUUAUUUUAAGUAUGUGACAUUCUAAAAUAGAAAUGACAUAUUUUGCUUGUUAUGUAUUUUUAAAAAGGGCGCAAUAUGAAGGGUUUUUUUUUCUGGUAAGUUCCUGAUUUCAAAUGAAGUAUUAUGUUCAUUGAUUUUUUUUUUGCUCUCCCCACCCACAUUUUUACUCUCUUCCCUUUGAUUUACCAAGAUGCCCAACUUCACAAGUCUUCAUGGUCCUUGUCUUGAUUGUUUUCAUAGUGGUAAAAUCUGUAUUUUUGUAUGCAGGGGGAGAUAAUUUUCUCAACACUAAUCUCUGAUAAAUAUUGUAUGAAAUUGUUGUGAAGGAUUUCUUGUUGAAUAAAUGGAUAUGGUUAAACAAA